GGCCGGUAGAGGAGCUAUCUAUUCUUCACCUAUACUCGCAACGUCCGGAUCGUACCCCUCAUCGUCAUCAAGCAUCAUUUCCUCUCUCAGCACUUGAUUAUUCUCUCAUAUCUCUUCAAUAUCGUUUAUUAUCAAGCAAUCACUGUCGAAGCACUCAACUUAUCGUUAACUGUUUAAAUGCAAGAAAUUGUUACGGCAUCACCGGCGGGCGGCAAUUACUCCUUUUCUACCUCCCAAGAAAUUCUCUCUCCCCUCGCAAACCAAGCAAAAACGACCAUCACUCUUGACUGGUCCCAGACGCGCGAGCAUCCCGUCCGAGGCCAAGAGCGCCGUCAAAACCAGGAUUCACUCGCUCCUGCUUCUCACCAGAAUUCCUCCCGGAUGUCGCGGAAGCCCUCUCCGUACAUGAACCAGCACCAGCGCGCUUCUCCGAGUGACAACUCGGAACUCGCGUCCGACCGGACAGUCGUCGGGAGCAACACCAACAACCGUUGGCGCUUCAACAAUGCUGGCCAGCUCAUCGACUCGGAUAUCUCCCCGGCGGAGUGGGACCUAGCGGAUGAGAUCAUGAGAUUGAAGAUUGGGACAGACGCGGGACGGUCCAAUGAAGAUGGCCAGAUGCGUACACCGCCACAAUCCAAGAUGAACAAUGCUGGAAUGGGACAGUAUCAUGAACCGAGCCCGCUAGACACGUCGUCCAGUGCUAGCGUCGACUCCUCUUCGCCGCACUCAUCUGACCAGCACCUCAACCUGGCCUCACACUCUCGCGGCUCCUCCACGGACACAUCCGUCUCGAGCCAAACGUCGGUGUUGUCUGUAGCGGGUCAGACCCUUCACGUUCCUGCUUUGGCGCCCCCCAAGGUUAACGAGACCCGAGAGCGCCCUCAUUCGUACAGCGGAGGUCUGUCGGCCGCCGAUCUUCGGAGGUUGCAGCAGGCUGGCGCCAGUCCGGUGCAUCCAGGGUCGCCUGGGGAGCAAUCAGGCCAACAGCAACAGCAGCGGCAGGCGUCAAAUGGUAAGAAUAAUCAAGGAGAGACCCCGAUGUAUCCAACUGUGGCCGCGUACCCGACUCUGUUGCGUCCGCAGCAACAAUCGUCGACGCCGUCCGGCCAGGACUACAAUUCCCCUUCUCGUCAGGAAGAGCCCGAGUAUAGCAUGCCGAGAUAUGCCCAGCAGUCGAAUGUCGUGACCUCUGGGCCGUCCAGGCAGCAGCAGCAGCAACAGCAGCAAUUCCAAGGUCGCGGGCCCAAUGGCGGUCUCCCUAAUGUCCCGAGCCAACUCUCCAACUAUGUUCAGCCUCAGCGUGGCUUUGCUCCCCAGACGCAGGGUCUGCUCCCCAGUCCCACUAACUUUGCAUACCCCGCUCCCCAGCCUUCUCACAUUCCGCCCAUGAACCUCGGCAACGCGCAACAGAUGUACGAGAUGAUGCUUCAUGGGACUGAGCCUCACCCAGCGGUGGCGCGGGUCCAGCAGCAACAUGGCGUUGCCCGACAAGCCCAUCAGCAUUCGGCAUCGGACCCAGGUGCAUCUCUUCGUGAUCCUGCCGCUCUUGCGCUCUUGUCGAGCAGCAUGCAAGCCUUCGCAGGUGCAGGUGCCGCUGCUCCUGGCAUGUAUCCUGCGAUGGCAGCCGCUAACCCUGCUUUGUCUGCCAUGUACGCCAAUCAGUUCUUCCCGCGGCAAGAUAUGUAUGCCCCGACUGCACCUGAUUUGGCCACAGUUCAGGCUUUAGCUGCUGCACAGCUGCAGGCGCAGUAUACAGGUGCGUACCCGGGGGUCUUGCCUCAGGGCCUGCCUGUCGGUGCCGCCGCGGUGAAUCUCACGGGCGGUUCUACCGGCGUGGGGAGUGAUUCUGGUACCACGACUGCGUCAAAUACCAAUGGCCCUAGCGCUAAUAACCGAAAGCUUGGAUUGUAUAAGACGGAACUGUGUCGAAGCUGGGAAGAGAAGGGUACCUGUCGCUAUGGGACCAAGUGUCAGUUCGCUCAUGGGGAGGAGGAGAUACGGAAGGUGCCGCGUCAUCCGAAGUACAAAACGGAGAUCUGCAGGACAUUCUGGGUGUCAGGUUCAUGCCCUUAUGGGAAAAGGUGUUGCUUCAUCCACACCGAGUUACCAGGUGGUCCGAACGCGGACGUGCCCCCGCCGCCGGCCAAUACGAGUGGCCGUGAUCGUUCUAACAGUGACCCUAACGAUGCAUCUAUGUCUAUUCUCGCCCGAAUUUCCGCGAAACGCAGCCAGGAGGACGCUAUAUCUUCUCCCAUGCAGAUGACCGGUCGUCCCCCGCUCGGUUCGUUGAAGCUUGACACUUCGUCCCUGGGCGCCAAUGUGGCCAAAGAGAACAAAUCCGCGUACCCGACGUUCCCCACCAACGGCAACUUUAUGCACCCUAACCCGCAGGCCAAUGCCAUGUCCCCUGGGCCCGUCACGGCUGGCCCUGACUUCGGGAGGCAAAAUGGAAGAUCCGAGGUCCUUGGUCAACCUCAGCCUCGUAUGCCGAAGAAUACCCAGAUUAACCCGAACGUCCGUCACUCUUUCAAUGGAACUGAAGUUGACCUCGACUUCAACGCACCGGCCACUGCCCACCCUUCCGCUUUCGGGAUGACUAGUAGUACCUUGGCUGCGCCACGCGUCAAUGGCCACAUGCGAUCCGGUAGUGCAGGCAACUGGUCCAGUCUAUCCCGGAGUCACUUGGCUGCUCCUGCACAAUACCCCGGGAGCCCUAAUGUGGAGAUGAAGGCUGGUGGCCAUUGGGCUACCUCGGAGGUACCCAUUGGCGGCUCACGUCUCUCGGAACAGUCAUGGAUAUGA